CUCGAUUUUGCCAGCCUGGUACCUCGCAACUGCCAAAUGCGGAAACUAGACACAUUCAAUGGAGAGAAGUUGAUAAUGUGCAUAGUUCGUCCUCUUUCUUGUCUAUGAUUGCGUGAUGUCCCAUAACAUUGAGGAGUCCAACUUCUCGUCUGCAUCAAGUGAUGCGGAUGAGGGGUGGGGAGGCGUUGCGGAGGUCAUGGGGGACGAAGAGGAGCAGAAGGUUUUGUUUCAAGCGCUCGAUUCAUUCCUUCAAUAUACCAAGAUUGCCCACUAUAACACAACGCAUAUGAGAAGGCAAUCAUUCUAUGCCCUCCCUCAGAAACACUGGGAGCUUCUUGCAGCCCCUCCGUUUUCCUAUUUAAACACCCUCAAUGCGGUGGACGAUGCCAUUGACAAAAAUGGUGAACUCGCUGCAGCUAUUCUCCAGUCAGGUCUCGAAUCGUUCGAGUCUUCAAUGGAUUUUGACAAACUUAAGUCGUCUGAAUUGUGGAAGGGAGUGGCAAAAGCAGGCGACCUUGACAAAGCGAGAAGCACAAUUCGCCAGUUCUAUAGAGACUGGUCUGCGGAAGGCGCUGUCGAGCGAAAGGCAUGCUACGGACCCGUUAUGAAUGAUCUGAAGGCAGAGCGUGUGAAGCGCGGUGGCAAAACCAUGAAUGUUCUGGUACCUGGCGCUGGGCUUGGACGCCUCGUUUUUGAUCUCUGCUGCGAAGGCUUCAACGUCGAAGGCAAUGAGAUGAGCUACCAUCAGCUCCUUGCUAGUUCUUACAUCCUCAAUUACUGCUCCGGUGCUCAGGUCCACACAAUAUUUCCUUGGGUUCACAACUUUUCCAAUCAUCAAAACCGUUCUCGGCAACUGCAAUCAUUUAGAAUUCCAGACAUCCACCCUGGGACGGCGCUGGACGAAAAGAAUAGCGCCGGAAACGGUACUCACAAGGCAGGCGAGAUGUCUAUGAGCGCUUCUGACUUUAUCUGUCUAUAUAACGAUGAAGAACAUAAGGAUAUGUUCGAUGCUAUCGCGACCGUUUUUUUCAUAGACACGGCCCCGAACUUGAUCCGGUACAUCGAGACAAUAAGGAAUUGUCUUAAGGCAGGAGGGAUAUGGAGCAACAUUGGCCCUCUCUUGUGGCACUUUGAGAACAACGCCCCUGGCUCCUUUGGAACCAAAGAUGCUGGCAAAAAGAUCGUGGAGACCACUGGUAUUGCUGACCCUGGGAGCAUUGAGUUGACAAAUGAAGAGGUUAUUUCUCUGGUCGAACACUUUGGGUUCAAGGUUGAAAACAAAGAGUCUGGUAUCAAAGCGGGAUAUAUCCAGGACGAUGAAAGCAUGCUCCAAAAUACAUAUCAAGUUAGCCACUGGGUGGCAAGGAAGCUUUAAUCUGACAAGCAC